AUGAAGGGCGACGACGACAACACACCCGCCGCCGCGGUGGAACCUCGACCGUCCUCCCCUGGCUCUGGCUCCGAGAAGCAACAUCCGCAGCCCCAUGACGAGGAGCUCGGCUGCAAGCCCGCCAGCUCCCACGCCGCCGGCACCAGCAGCGAGUCGACGCAGCGCGGGCUCAAGUCGCGGCACGCGCAGAUGAUCGCGCUCGGGGGCUCCAUCGGCACCGGCCUGUUCGUCGGCUCCGGGCAGGGCCUGCGGAUGGGCGGGCCGGCGCUGCUGCUGGCCUGCUACGCCAUCAUCACGCUGCUGCUGUACGGCGUGGCCGCCGGCGUCGGCGAGGUCAGCGCGUACCUGCCCGUGCGCGGCUCCGGCGUCGCCUACUACGGCCACCGCUUCGUCUCCCGCUCGCUCGGCUUCACCCUCGGCUGGCUCUACUGGUACAUCUUCUCGCUCGGCAUCGCCGGCGAGAUCACCAUCACCACCAUCGUCAUCCAGUACUGGCCCUCGCCCGUGCCCACCGCCGCCUGGUACACCCUCAUCGCCGUCGUCAUCGUCGCCUGCAACUUCUUCCCCGUCGCCGUCUACGGCGAGGCCGAGUUCUGGUUCGCCUCCACCAAGGUCAUCGCCAUCAUCGGCCUGCUGAUCCUCACCGUCGUCCUCUUCUUCGGCGGCGGGCCCGCCCACGAGCCUCUCUACUUCUCCAACUGGACGGCCGGCGCCGGCCCGGUCAACACCUACCUCGUCGACGGCGGCGUCGGCCGCCUCUGCGCGUUCGUCGGCACCCUCACCUUCUCCGUGUACGCCUUCAUCUUCGCGCCGGAGAUGCUCGUCGCCACCGCCGGCGAGAUGCAGUCGCCGCGGCGCAACAUGCCGCGCGCCACCAAGCGCUACUUCUGGCGCCUCGUCGUCUUCUACCUGCUCGGCGUGCUGGCCAUCGGCGUGCUGGUCCGCGGCGACAACCCGGGCCUGCUCUCCCCGGGCAACACCGCGGCCGCCUCGCCCUGGGCGCUCGGCAUCAAGGAGGCCGGCAUCCCGGUGCUCGACUCCGUCAUCAACGCCGUCAUCGUGCUCUCCGCCUGGUCCACGGGCAACUCGUUUCUAUACAUCUCCAGCCGCGCGCUCUACUCGCUGGCGCUCUCGGGCAACGCCCCGCGCAUUUUUGCCCGCUGCACCAGGCACGGCAUCCCGCACUACGCCACGGCGCUGAGCGCGUGCUUCGCGGCCCUGGCCUACAUGAACCUCGGGAGCACGGGCUCCGUCGUGUUCAACUGGCUCGUCAACAUCGUCAACACUGGCGCGUUCCAGAGCUGGAUAUGCUGCUGCUUCAUCUACGUGCGCUUCUACAAGGCCACGCGCCUGCAGAACGUGACCGUCGCCAACGGCCAGCUCCCAUAUCGCUCCAGGUUCCAGCCAUAUGCGGCUUGGAUAAGUGGCGUUGUCUUUGCCGUGUUGCUGUUGCUCAACGGGUUCAAGGUCUUUGUCAAGGGCUACUGGGACACGCCGACGUUUAUCACGUCGUAUAUCGGCAUUGUCAUUUUCGCUGUGUUGUUCCUCGGGCACAAAUUUACCAUUGGUCGAAAUGACCCGUGGAUGGUGCCCUUGGACGAGAUGGAUCUUCACUCGGGCAUGGACGAUGUCAUGGCAGCCGAGUUGCCGCCACCACCGCCUAUCAAAUGGUACACGGCGUGGAGAGUCUUGUUUGAGUAG